AUGCCCCAGCCAAAUAUGGAUCUUAUUCAGAAUGGGAAUAGACUUAUUCAAGAAGAAAUGUCGUAUGAUGUAUCAAGUCUGAAAAGAGAACAUGAGAUCCUAAUUUCUAGCCUAAACAAUGAACAGAGAAUAAUCUACAAUUCUAUAAUGGAAGCUGUUGCUACUGAAAGAGGGGGAAUGUUUUUUGUCUAUGGACAUGGUGGAACGGGUAAAACGUAUCUUUAUAGAACCAUCCUGUCUGGUAUAAGAUCAAAAGGCAAAAUUGCUCUUGCUGUUGCAUCUUCAGGAAUUGCUGCUUUGUUGCUUCCUGGUGGAAGGACUGCUCACUCAAGAUUUCAUAUCCCAAUUAAUGUAAAUGAUGACUCUACCUGUGACAUAAAGCAAAGAACACAAGCAGCGGAACUUCUCUCAAAAACAAGUAUUAUACUUUGGGAUGAAGCACCGAUGGCACAUAGGAAUUGUUUUGAAGCUGUUGACCGCACGUUACGAGAUAUACUACAAAUUGAAGAUCCUCAAAAUGCUGAAAAACCUUUUGGUGGUAAAGUUGUAGUUCUAGGGGGUGAUUUUCGACAAAUACUUCCAGUUGUGAGAAAGGGAAGACGAGAAGAUAUAGUCCAAUCCUCAAUUAGCAAGUCAUAUCUAUGGAAUGAUUGUAAUGUCUUUAAACUCCAAACAAAUAUGAGACUUCUACAGAACGGUAUGAGUGGAAUAGAAACAUCAUCUAUAAAGGACUUUAGUGAGUGGAUUCUUAAAAUAGGUAAUGGUGAAUUGGGAGAAGGAGAUGGGGAUUACAACAUUUCAAUUCCAAGUGAUUUGAUUAUCCAACCUUCAGAGAAUCCAAUGCAAGAUAUUAUUGACAACACAUAUCCAGGUUUGGAAAAUAAAUACACAGAUCCAAGUUACCUACAGGAUAGGGCAAUUCUUGCCCCUACAAAUGAAGUUGUAGAAGAACUAAAUGACUAUAUUGUGUCAUCCUUAAAUGGAGAAGUUCAUGAAUAUCUAAGUUCAGAUUCUAUAUGCAAGGCUUCUUCAAAUGUUCCUGACCAAGAUCUCCUGUAUAUUGUUGAAUUUUUGAACACGUUGAGAUUUCCAGGAUUGCCAAACCAUAAACUGACAUUAAAAAUAGGUUUGCCUGUAAUGUUGCUUAGAAACUUGAAUCAGAAUGAAGGUCUUUGUAAUGGAACAAGACUCAUAAUAACAAGAUUGGCUACAUGGGUGAUAGAAGCAGAAAUCAUAACUGACACUAAUAUAGGCAAACGUGUGUUCAUUCCAAGAAUAACAUUAUCUCCAAGUGAUUCAAAAUGGCCAUUCGUUUUAAAGAGACGACAAUUUCCAAUUUCAGUGUGCUUUGCAAUGACUAUAAAUAAAAGCCAAGGACAAUCAUUGAAACAUGUUGGAGUGUAUUUGCCAAAACCUGUUUUUAGUCAUGGGCAAUUGUACGUUGCAGUGUCUAGAGUUACAAGCAGAAAUGGCCUAAAAUUCCUCAUCAUUAACGAUGACACUGAAAAAAAGUCUGAAACAAAAAAUAUUGUGUAUAAAGAAGUUUUUACCAAUCUUUGA